AUGUCUGACAAGUUGACAAGAAUUGCCAUUGUCAACAGCGACAAGUGCAAACCAAAGAAAUGUCGUCAAGAAUGCAAGAAGUCUUGUCCCGUCGUUCGAACCGGCAAACUUUGCAUCGAAGUGACCCCGGAGUCCAAAAUCGCCUACAUAUCUGAGCGUUUGUGUAUUGGUUGUGGUAUUUGCCCAAAGAAAUGCCCGUUUGGUGCCAUUCACAUUAUCAACUUGCCCACCAACCUCGAAUCCCAAGUUACCCACCGAUAUUCGGCAAACAGCUUCAAGCUGCACAGGCUUCCUAUGCCACGACCUGGACAAGUGCUGGGUCUCGUCGGAACAAACGGUAUUGGAAAGAGUACUGCCUUGAAGAUUCUCAGUGGCAAGCUGAAGCCGAACUUGGGACGCUAUGACAACCCACCGGAUUGGGAAGAAAUCUUGAAAUACUUCCGUGGCUCGGAAUUGCAAAACUAUUUCACCAAAGUGUUGGAAGAUGACCUAAAGGCCAUCGUCAAGCCGCAAUAUGUGGACCAACUUCCUCGAGCCAUCAAGGGUCCCGUCAAGACGGUAAAGCCACUCAUUGAAGCCAAGGCAGACUUGGGAAACAUGGACCAUGUUAUGGACGUGCUAGAACUUAACGCGGUCAAGGAUCGAGAAAUUGGCCUUCUAUCCGGCGGUGAACUUCAAAGAUUUGCCAUCGCUCUUGUCUGUGUGCAAAAGGCGGAUGUCUACAUGUUCGACGAACCUUCCUCGUACCUAGAUGUUAAGCAACGUUUAAGUGCCGCCAAGACCAUUCGAGAACUGCUCCGAGCCGACGACUAUGUCAUUGUUGUCGAACACGAUUUGUCGGUCCUGGAUUACCUCUCUGACUUCAUCUGCGUCCUCUACGGAAGACCUGCUGUUUAUGGUGUUGUUACUCUCCCGUCUUCUGUUCGUGAAGGUAUCAACAUUUUCCUUGAUGGCCACAUCCCCACGGAGAACUUGCGAUUCCGUGAGGAAAGCUUGACCUUCCGUAUCGCCGAAGCUGGCGAAGACUACAUGGCUGACAAAGCCCGUGGCUUCGAGUAUCCUGCUAUGGAGAAGACUCUUGGGACUUUCCACCUCAAGAUUGAGAAAGGAACUUUCACAGACUCGGAGAUCAUUGUCAUGAUGGGAGAGAACGGUACCGGAAAGACCACUUUCUGUAAGAUGCUUGCUGGCGUUGAGAAACCUGAUGGCACCCAGAAGGUUCCGGCUAUGAACAUUUCCAUGAAGCCUCAGAAAAUCACCCCUAAGUUCCAGGGUACUGUCCGUCAGCUUUUCUUCAAGCGUAUCAAGGCGUCCUUCUUGAACCCUCAAUUCCAGACCGAUGUCUACAAGCCGCUCAAGAUUGACGACUUCAUCGAUCAAGAAGUUCAGAAUCUCUCGGGUGGUGAACUCCAACGUGUCGCCAUUGUGCUUGCCCUAGGUCUUCCCGCUGACAUAUACCUCAUCGACGAACCUUCGGCAUAUCUCGACUCCGAACAGCGUAUCAUUGCUGCACGAGUGAUCAAGCGAUUCAUCAUGCACAGCAAGAAGACCGCUUUCAUUGUCGAGCACGAUUUCAUCAUGGCCACCUACCUGGCGGAUCGUGUCAUUGUCUUCGACGGCAAGCCAUCAGUUGACGCCCGUGCCAAUACCCCCGAGAGUCUGCUUACUGGUUGCAACAAAUUCUUGAGGAACCUUGACGUCACUUUCCGCCGAGAUCCAAACUCGUACAGACCGCGUAUCAACAAAUACCAGUCUCAAAUGGACCAGGAACAGAAGCUUGCAGGCAACUACUUCUUCCUGGAGGAAGAGAGUUAA